AUGGAAAAUCGGACAUUCUUUCAGCGACCUCGCUAUAGCGACUGCUCUUCAGCUUUACAAACUCUCAUAAAUCCCAAGAUGUAUCCCGUGUACAUCGGAGUUAUUACUUUGGUUGUUCUGCUCCUCUGGGCUGUACUUCGCGCCUAUCCCACACCGUAUCCCGGAAUUCCCUACAACAAGCAUUCAGUUAAACGUAUUCUCGGCGACGUCCCCGAUAUCGUCAACCAUAUCAAUUCUGGCCAGGAUCCAGCGAGUUUCUGCAUUACACAAUGUCACAAACUAAACUCUCCCAUCAUUCAACUCUUCUUGCGCCCGUUUUCACGCCCCUUCAUCUUUCUAGACGAUGAUCGAGAAGUCGAGAACAUAAUGGCCCAUCGCACAAAGGAAUUCGAUCGCGCUCCCUCCACAAUCGGUGUUUACAAACCAUUUUUCCGGCAUUCGAGCAUUUUGAAACAAACGACGCCGGAAUGGAGGGCGCAGCGACACCUCUGGGCCGAUACCAUGAGUACAGACUUCUUACAUCGUGUCGCCGGGCCGAAAAUGCACAAAUAUGCAAUGCAGUUGGUGAACUUGCUGAAAACAAGAGCAACCAUUGCGGAUGGCCGGCCGUUUUCCAUUGCAGAAGAUUUUGACCUGGCUACUUUUGACAUUAUAUGGGCUUCUGUGCUUGGAUCAGACUUGAACGGCGUUCAGAAUGAGCACUUGGCCAUUACAGAAGGGGCACACAGGGUCCAACAGGCAAAGUCUAAGAAUACGCUGGCCGUAAUGCCAGAAGUUGAGCGCGGGCCAAUGUUUCGCGCUGCCGAAUUCUUUAACCGAACCGUAGAGCGGACAUUAUCGUCACCGUUGCCGACGCUGUAUCAUUGGAUAUGGCGCUGCCUCCCAACAUACAAGAAGCACUGGGCGGUUAAGGAGCAGAUCAUGAAUGAUCUUAUUCGUAAUGCUCGACACCGAUUCGCAUAUCUCUCGGAGAAACAACUGCUGGUAGAUGAUGAUACUUGCGCAAUGGACUUGGUGCUCCGUAGGGAGUCACUUGCCGUUCAAAAAUCGGCCACGUCUCGUGUACAUACUGCUCCUCCAACUACGAGAGAGAUUCAUGACGAACUCUUCAUGUUUCUGAUUGCUGGCCACGAGACAACGUCAACGACAUUAACAUGGUCUGCCAAAUUCCUCACCAACAGCCCGUACGCACAAGAAAGGCUCCGGGAUGAAAUCUACGCCGCUUUCCCUGACGCAUCCCCUGCCAAUCCUCCUACUGUUGACGAAAUCAUGUCUGCAAAUAUCCCCUACAUGGAUGCUACGUUGGAAGAAUGCACUCGACUUGCAAAUAUUAUGCCUCGUCUCGUACGAGUUGCUAUGGUCGACACAGAAGUUCUAGGAUACCUUGUCCCCAAGGGUGCUCACAUCAUGUGCAGCCCCUACGUGGGUGAAGCCCCGUUCGAUAUACCAGAGGUUCUACGGGCUCAAAAGUGCCAGGAGGCCAAGAACAACGUGGAAUCGAUUUGGCAUCCGGACAUGACCCAGUUUCGACCUGGGCGGUGGUUAGAUGAAGAGGGCAACUUCAAUCCCAAAGCCCUCAGGAGACUAGCAUUCAGUGCAGGCCCAAGAGCCUGUUUUGGCAAGAAGAUGGCGAUGCAGGAACUUCGAAUUGUAAUCUUCUUGCUAGUGUUGAACUUUAGGUUUGAAUCUAUUCCCGACAUUUAUAAUGGGUAUCAAGGGAGGACAAAAGCUCUGCGGGCUCCAAAGCAGGUGUAUGUGCGAUUGACCUCUCUUUGA